AUGGAAGAGGGCAACGAAAGCGGCAGCAGCGAUGAUGUGGGUGCUGCGCAUGCACGUGGUGACAGCGACACCGAGGACCACAGCGUGGUUGAAGCCACCGCAGACGCUGAGGAGGACAGUGGGGAUGGAUCGCCCGCGAGGAAGCGACACAAGGCCAGCGACAAGAAGAAGAAGAAGCACAAGAAGCACAAGAAGAAGCACAGGAAAAAGCACAAGAAGCACAAGACGAAGCACACGACGAAGCAGCACGACACUGCAGACGGAGUAGGCCAGGAAGAAGACAGUGCACAGGAGCAAGGUGAAGCUGUGGCUGUGCAGCAAGGAAACAGUGUUGUGGAAGAUGUAGAGCUCAUGCAAGAGGCGGUGGUACAAGAAGAGGCUGCCGAAGAAGAGGUGGUACAAGUUGAGGCCUUUCAGGAAGCCGCGUUGGCUGCAGCAGAUGUGCAGGAAGAUGAAGAGGAUAUGCAGGAAGUGGCAGGCAGUAUGGCUGCGGCAAGUGAGGAACACAGAGUGGCGCGUGGUGGUGAAAGGCGGGAUGACCAGCCUGAUGAUGAGGAGGAGGAGGAAGAAGUGGUGGCGGAGGAGGAGGAAGAAGAAGAAGAAGAAAUGGGACGUGCUUCGGGUGCAAUGGUGGUGGAGAGAAAGCGUCGUGAGAUCAGCACACUGUCGUCCUCUUCUCUCGACUCAGCACAACCUUCUUCAUCCUCAAGCUCUCGCACGCGACGUGCGUCAUCGUCUUCGAGAGGACGGGGACCAGCUUCCUCCUCCGCGUCUACAAGCACAACUGCAAGCGGAGCCGCUGGUGCCUCGUCCACAUCUGCAUCUACAGCACAGACAGAAUCGACGCGGAGCAAGCGGCAGUACACCCCGCCCCCGCCCACGCGAGUCCGGCCUCCAAAGCCCAGCAAGAAGAAGGAAGAAGAAGAAGAGGAAGAUGAUGAGUAUGCCGAAGUCAUCCAAUCGUCUGACGAUGAGAAGGCCGGCCGUUUCGUGCCUGGCCUCAAGAUGCCACGCAUCCCAAAGGACUCUUCGUUCUACCAGGACCUGCCCGACCUCCCGCCUCCACCUCGAGACCUGAAGGAUGCCAUUUUUGGGAGCUUGAACAUGAUGCUUGAAGGCACGACGAUUCGAAUGUCCAGGCCAAUGCUGCCGCAGGCGACAGUCGAGGCCAUUGCACUCAUGACACAGGAACUGAUCCGGGACAAGUUCUUGCCAGACGAACUGCCGGAUGCACGACAACCCAAUUCGCUGUCCGCGUGGAGGGCAGAGGAGAGGAAACGCAAGCAGGAGGCAGAGCGAAGGCGAGUGGAAGCAGCGAGGCGAUUACAGGCACUGCGCAGGAUGCAGGAAGCAGAAACAUCUGGCGAGGAGGAUGACGAAGACGGCUGGGAAGACGAGGAGGACGAGGACGAGGCAGGUGUGGUGGUGAAUAGGGCAGAAGAGAAGACAACCGUUGAACAAGAAGACGAACGGGAUGGCACCGCACGCAGAGUAGGAGACGAGGAACAACAACAAGAGACAAGGAAGCAAGGGGUCAAGGGAGAACUAGCGGAGGAAGAAGGACAAGAGGAACAAGAAGGAGAAGAAGAUGAAGAAGAAGAAGAUGAAGAUGAAGAACAACAACAACAACAACAACAACAACAACGACAACAACAACAACGACAACAACCACAACAACGACAACAACAACAACGACAACAACAACAACGACAACAACCACAACAACCACAACAACAACAACGACAACAACAGGAACAAGAUGUAAAAUCAGAGCGAGGUGAACACAAGGAAGAAAGCUGA